AUGAGGUUGUUGUCAACCAUUCUCUCCCUCGCCCUGGCGACUGAUGUCGCUGUGGCCAGCACCUGGUUCUCCAAAGCUGCCUACAACAAGUGGCACGAGACAGAGCUUGAGCGUUGGCUCUCCGAUCACGACGUCCCUUACCCGAGUCCCGCCGAUCGCAAGGACCUAGAGAAUCUCAUCGAGAAGAACUGGGAAAACAAUGCCGUCGCGCCCUACAAGAACUGGGAUACUGAGAAGCUCACCUCGUACCUCAAGCAGAAGGGCGUCGAUACCAAGGAUGCCGCUGGUUCCAGCAAGGACUCUUUGAUCAGCCAAGUUGCCGGAUCUUGGUACGAGACAGAGGACAAGGCUCAAUCGUCUUGGACCAGCGCCAAGGACUGGAUCCUGGACACCUGGACCGACAGUGCCCUGAAGUCGUUUGCCGAUAAGCAUGGCAUUCCUGUUCCCCAGCCCCGAAAGCGUGAUACCCUCCUGCAAACGGUUCGUAACAACUACGAGACCGUUGCCCAGAAGGUCGGAGAGACUGCGUCCUACCCCGGCAACUGGCUCUACGAAUCGUGGACCGAGUCUGACCUGAAGGAGUGGCUUGACACUCACGGUAUCCCUGCUCCCCAGCCUACCAACCGUGACAAGCUUAUUGCCGCGGUCCGCCGCAACUCUCGCACUGCGUACCUUAAGGCGCAGGACCAGGCCGCUUCGGCUUCCGCCAGCGCCAAUGCUGCCUAUGCCACUGUCACCGACAAGCUUAUCGAUGCCUGGGGCGAGUCUCAACUCAAGGAAUUCUGUGACAAGAACGGGAUCAACGUCCCUCAAGGCACCAAGACCAACGAGCUCCGCGCCCUUGUCCGCAAGCACCGCUCUGAGAUACUCGGUGAUUCUGUCUCGGCCUCUGCCGCUAGUGCUUUUGGUGCUGCAACCAGCAACGUUGGCAACUCAUACACCAAGGCUACCGACACUGUCAGCCUCGCCGCUCAGGAAGCGUUCGAUGCCACCGUUGGCACGUGGUCUGAUAGCAGACUGAAGGCUUAUCUCGAUGCACGAGGAGUUCCUGUCCCCCAGGGCACCAAGACCGACGAGUUGCGUGCUCUGGUCCGACGUAACUCUCACAAGGCCGCUCACCCCAACGCUGCAUGGAGCUGGGGCGAUCUUUCUCUAGAGAACCUCAGGAAGUACCUUGCCAGCAGCGGUGACUCGGCCGCCAAGAAGGUCGGCGAGAGCAGCACUGCCACUCGUGACGAACUGGUCGAUGCCGCUCAAUCGGCGUAUGCCUCGGCCUCGAGUGCAGGCGGCGGUUCAUACGCCUCGGCCACAAGCUUCUUGGCUCAGGCUACCGGUUCCGCCAAGCAGAGCACAUUCGACACCUGGAGUGAGAGCGAUCUCAAGUCUUACCUGGACAGCUACGGUGUUCCUGUCCCUCAGGGCUCAACCCUGAACCAGCUCAAGGCCGAGGUGCGCAAGCAGUCCACCUACUUCAAGUAUGGAACGACCAGCCCUACCGGCACAGCCUUUGCCAAGAUCGGCGAGAGCGUUAAGGGCGCUUAUAACUGGGUUGCGGGUCAGCUUGGUGCUGGCUCCGAGGCUGCCAAGUCUAAGGCGAAGAACGUCAAGGAGGAGUUGUAA